UUCUUCAUUCAAACCCAUCUACCGGCUAGAAUGCACCUGAGCGUACACGACUCCUGCCACUCCUUGGUCUUACUUUGCAUCCUGUUCAGGAGUAGCCAAGCGUUCAAGAACGACGCUACGGAGCUGCUGUUCUCGCAUGUGAACGCACCGGAGCCCGUCCUUCAGAGAAACAUGUCCCUGAAUCGAGCGAGGACCGCCGGGAAAGGAGCGAGUGGAGGAGCGCACAACGGAAGCGAGCAAAGUCAAAUUGGCUGCAGAGAGUUGAGAUCCACUAAGUAUAUCUCAGACGGUCACUGCACUAGCAUCAACCCCAUCAAGGAGUUAGUUUGUGCUGGUGAGUGUUUCCCAGCUCAGAUGCUCCAAAACUUGAUCGGCAGCACGUAUGGCAGAAAGCUGUGGGGUCGUCGUAGUAGUAGUAGCAGCAGCAGCAGCAGCAGCAACCAGUACUGGAGGUGCGUUACAGACAAGACUCGCACCCAGCGCAUCCAGCUCCAGUGCCAAGAUGGCAGCACGAGGACCUACAAAAUCACUGUGGUCACUUCCUGCAAGUGCAAGAGGUACUCAAGGCAACACAAUGAAUCAGGCAACAAGUUUGAGGAGAUGUCUCUGUCUCCGCCUCAGCUCCUGCACAAACACAAGGCCAAGAGCAACAGGAGGCUAGGGAAGAACCAGCUCAGUGAAAACUGGCGUGAGACUGAACCCUGAGGCUCUACGUACAUAAUCUGAAUUCCUUUAAUCCUACAGGAGUUUUAGUAAUAUUGAGACACCUGAUUCAGGAGUUUUGCAGUCGUGGAUUAUCUGUCAGUGUGACGAUGUGAAGCUGGUUCCUCACUAUGAUGGAGAACUUUAAAAGGCUUACUAAGGACUUACUUUUGAUACUUUAAUCCAAAUGGUUAAAUAUUAAUAUUUAGUGUGUUGAGCUUUCUGGAGCACAAUGUAGUUCACUUUGUCCCAAGUGUAUCCAUAUGCAUGUGCUCCUAUAUUCAUUUUCUGUGCAGAUUGAGAUCUCCAGCCAUCCAACACCAGUAAAUGACAACAAAACUUUCUUGUGUAAAUACUUGUAUUUUGUGUGUGUGUGUGUA